AUGUCGGGUCGGGAUUCGUCGAAACUCUCGGGGAAUCCCGACGGCAAGGGGAGCGUUGUGGCGGAGCAGGAGCUCCAGUACGAGCGUUUGCGUGAGAAGCUGCACCUCAGCAACCAUGACAACGCUUCUGAUGUUGAUUUCAUCAUCUUCAUGCUGCACGGGAUCGGGUCGAACUCGAACGUGUUAAGCGCCGACUAUCGCAUGAUCAAGUACUCACUGAGCAGUAUCAAGCGCCACUGGUUUUACCAGGACAAGCUGCGGACGCAUGUGCACCUGUUGGACUGGAAGAGGCACAUCAGCGAUGCGCAGAGCAUGUUGUUUGACCACACGUAUAUCACAACGGCGAAGGAAACGCGUAGAGUGAUCACGAGCCACAUUAUGGACAUCGGCUUCUACCUUAACCCUCGUUACUGCGACUUCUUGUUGGAGAACAUCGUAGCCGAUCUGGACGGUGAGAUUUCACGUUUGCGCCACCAUCCGUCCGGAAAAUUCCGCAACUCGAAGAUUGCCAUAGUGGGAUACUCGUUGGGGUCGUUGAUUCUGCACGAGAUCCUAUGUGGCAACCCCGGCCGUGCGUCGAACCUCAGGCCGGAGGACCGCCCAAAGCUCAAGAACAAAGUAGACUACAUGUUCUGCGUCGGGAGUCCGCUUUCGUGCUUCAUGAUCUUCCAGUCGCCGCAGUACAUGGCCACUGGGAUGUGCAUGCCCGAGGGCGUCGAGUCCUACAACAUCUUCCACCCUUACGACCCGGUGGCAUACCGGUGGGAGCGGCUGAUAUACCGCGACUUAAAGGAAGUCCCGGAGCCCGAGAUUUUGCCUUACUGGCAGAACAACGGCUUCAAGAAUUGGUACGGAUGGGAGCGCAGCGUGCAGCAGGCCAAGACGAUGAUAGUGGACAACAUCAGUGAUGUGGCGUCCACCAUCGGCCGCAGCAUAUUCGGCUGGUGGGGCAGCAGCAAGAGCAACAGUGUGUUGGUCAACAAUGUGGCCACUCCCGACAAAAGUGAGUUUAGGGUUAGCUUUUCUAUGCACGUCGGUCCAGGGUCUGCGGCUCUAUCCAGCUUCAAACUGAAACUGAAGGAGAGGAUGGUUCCGGAAAACGCCGAUUUGGCCACUGGAAUGAUCAAUCCGACUAGCCCUCCCCUAUCCGCGACUCCAGAGACACGUGCCGAGGAGCGCACUGAGAAUACGUCUGACCAGGACCAGUGGUCUGAUGACGCCGAGGGUGGCGAUGCCGUUAACGGUUUAUUCGAUGAGGAACGACUGGCUGCGCAGUCUGCUCGAGCUCUACACGACAUGAACAAGCAGUCCGGAGGGCACCUUCCCCGUCGCUACGAUUUUCAGCUGCAGGAGGACAUCACCGAGCACUUGCUGAGCCCACUGGGCAUCAUCCAGUCCCACACGAACUAUUGGUCUUCUAAGGACCUGAUGUUUUUCAUCCUGAAGAAGCUGAAAAAACGUCACGCUCGCGUAUCCAUAACCACGUAUUUCAAGUCGAUACGCUUGCGGGCCAAGUGGCUGGCUGACUGCGCUGCGAACGACGAGUUGAAGGCCAAGUUCCUGGCGCUAUCAGAAGAGGCAAGUGCUCGCGCAGACCGAGUUGCGGCUGAGGACAACAAGGCUCGGCUCGAAGCCACUGCCACGUUCAGUUCGACUUGGUCGAACUUCAUGAAGUGGUCCGAGGAUUACUGCGAAGACACAGAACACAUUUGUAGUGACCCCAUCGACUGA